AUGUCCCUACGAUGUCGUCGACUGGGAUCUCGUCUCGAGUACGGCUGGUGUAUUCACAUGCCAGGGCUUCGAUGUCUGACUAUUGGGGUUUGGGCAACUGAUAAUUAUCGGAAGGACCUGAUCCAGGGAGUCUCACAGGUCUUGGGUAAAGACGCAGAAACCUACAACGGGUUUAUCACAAAAACAGACCCGCACAUUAUGAAUUGGACCUAUGAUACUCUGUACGAACUCGGUAAUCAUGCGGAUGCGUUAGCUUUGAGGUCAACUGACUCAUACAUGUACGGCGCAUGGACUGUUAUGGGUUGGAGGAUUAAAAAGGGAGCACUCUAUCAGUCGAACCACAUUGAAUAUCUCGAAUCUGCCAUCGGCAAGUUGGGUACAUCAGUAACCCAGGCGGAUAUCAAGAGGACUAUUACAGAAGCGUUCGCAUCCAGUCGAGGAGGAGGGAACGAGACUUAUGCUCCAGCAACCCGGGAAGACAUCAAAAAGAUCAUCGCAGAUGAAAUCGGUUCCAAAGUUAGCGAGAAUCUCAAGAGGCAGGCACGGCGGAGCACUCCGACUUUGGUAGUUGUAGCCUCCGCUAUCCCUGCUCCAUGA